UCCGUUGGUUUCCUUGCGCCCUCACCACGUUCUUCUCAGAUUCAAGGAGACAGUGCAAGACACAAUUUGAUAAACCAUCGACGCCAAGCAAAGGAAGGAAGCAAGCGAAACCAAAAGGAACGAGACCAUGGGCAACAAAGUAUCGCUCGAAGAGGAAAUGAUCAAUCUGCGGAUUGUAUCCAAGCAGAUGCAACGAUCGGCAAAAAAGUGCGAAAAGAAUGAAAAACAAGCAAUCGACAAACUCAAAAAGGCCAUCAAACAAGGAAAUUCGGAAGGAGCUCGAAUUUACGGUCAAGAUGCGAUUCGCGAAAAGAACCAAGCUUUGAAUCAUUUACGCAUGGCAUCGCGUAUAGAUGCCUGUUCCUCUCGGAUAGAGACGGCCGUACGGAUGAACCAGGUCACCGAUGGUAUGAAGGGUGUUGUGCGGGGCAUGGACAAGGGAUUGCAGUCCAUGAAUGUGGAUCAAAUAUCCAAACUCAUGGACAAAUUCGAACAGCAAUUUGAAGAUCUCGAUGUCAAGACACAAUACAUGGAAGGAACCAUGAAUGCCACCACGGCAUCCACCACACCCGCCGAACAAGUCGAUAAUCUCAUUGCCCAAGUGGCCGAUGCCAAUAAUCUAGAAUUGGGAGACGCAUUUGCACAGGCGGGGCCGGUCGGCAAAAAGGUCCCACAAGUGCAGGAGAGCGAAGCGGCCAAACCAGUGGCAGCGGAUGAUUUGGAAGCUCGUCUGGCGAAUUUGAGAGGCUAGCUAGCUGGCUAGCUAGGUGAUCCACACACAAAGCGACAAACCAAACAACUGUAAAACAGAAAAUGAACACAAAUAAAUGGGAAACUCGACAAUUUACAUUCACCCCAAAGGAGCCAAAAACGACGAUUGAGAUUCGAUUCAGGGUGUCUCUUCACUUUGAAAGGAGUUUUCGGAAGUCUUUCUCCAUCAAUUACACGGCAAUCAUAAAGUAACCAACUUUAUCUUG